AUGCGUCGCGACGCGGGGCGCCCGCCUGCGCCCUGCGAAGAUGCCCGGCGGCGCCGCAGGCACAGGGCCUGCCCUGCCGCGGCCGUGGCCGCUGGCGCGGGCACCUGCGCGGUGGCGGCCAGGCUGCUGGUGGUGGUCGGCUCCCGACGCCACGCCAGGGACGUCCAGGCGUCCGAUUGGCCCGUGGCCGCCGCGACGGUCACGCCGCAGGUGCUGCAGCGGAACCGCAUCACGUUCGCGCUCAGCUCCUACGGGCAGGUCUUCUUCCGCGAGGCCGGCGUGGACUCGCACUGGACCCCGCUGGCGGGGUCUCCCUGCGGGCUCGUCUGGGGCGUCCCCGUCGACAUCGACGCGACGACGCGCGGCAUCUGGGUGGUUUGUCAGAAGGAGUUCAUGUCGGUGCAUGGCAUCCGCAAGGAGCACUUCCUCUUCGCCAAGUGGGGCUGGUGUCCCGAGAACAACCACCGCUGGUGGAACAUGAUGGCGAGCGGCAACGUCUCGCAGCUGGAUGCGGUCAAGGACUCCAUUUUCGGUGUGGACUCCCAGGGCUCCAUCGUGUGGCGGCCCACAGGCGUAGUCAUCAAGCACAGUAGGUGGCACAAGUUCGACGGCCCGCCUGGCGGCGUCAAGAUGUGGGAGGUGAUUGCGGACACCGACCAGAACGGCACGUGGCUGUGGGGCCGGGAUACCCUCGGGCGGGUGUGGCGCCGGACCCCCGACAGCCCGUACGCCCCGAUGCCGCGGAGAGCCGCAUCAUCCGCCAGCGGCCGCGGCUGGCGGAGAUCUGCCACGCUGGAGGAGAGCCCGUGGUCCAUGGAGGACGAGGACGGGGUGCCGCUGUGGCCGCCCAGGGGCCCCGAGCUGACGUCCCUCAAGAACUCCGACGGGGUCAACUGGGCGCUCGACGCGGACGGCCGACUGUUCUGGCGGCCCCUGCAGGGCUGCUGCCGCAAUGGCGACAGGGGCGACGCCAACGUCGCCGCCAACGAGAGCCUCCUCCCGCCCUGCUGGUGUGUGGACCGGACGGCGCCCAGGCUGUCCCGGAUCUCCGACACGGGCACCAGCGCGGUCGGCCUGGACUUCCCGGUGUUCUUCCACCGCAAUAGCACGUGGGACGCCUGGAGCGCUGCCACGCACAGGUGGAUCACGGAGAUUACCGACCAGGCGUCCGACCAGGAGGACAUCGGGAGCGACCAGACCUUGGAGCCCUCCCUGGCCGCCGAGUUCGCAGGCAGCUGCAGCCCGCCUGCGGUCGGCUUUGACCACUGCGAGUCGCUGCGCGCCAGCGUUGGCGAGCUGAACGAGGAGUGGCGGGCGAAGGCGAAGGCCGUCUGGCCGACCUGGGACUGGGAGGUCCUGAAGGAGGAGUACUGGCUGUGCCAGCAGAGGUCCCACGGCAAGUCGCUGGACAGCUGCGACGUGGCCCUCCGCCGCUUCGGCAGUUUCCGGGAGGAGUUCCUGCAGCACACGUUCUGCUGUGCUCGAGAUCAGCUCACUACGGACGACCCCGAGUGCGCCGACGCGGACUGCCAAGCUUACGACAUGGUGUGCCCUGGAUCCAAAAUGGCCACGUCGGACAUGGACUGCACAGUCUACCACUCGCGUGACCCCGCGUCCCUGAUCCUCAAGAUGAAACACCUGGCCGUGGAUACCCUCCGCCAGGUGAUCAGCAACCCUUCGAGGGCCACGCUGCAGACCGUGUUCGACGCGAACCUGUACGGCACGUGGACCUACAUCCCCGACACCGUCUUCAAGCGCCUCACGUGGCCUGCCGCCAGCAAGGCCCUCUUCGAGGAGGUGGGCGGCGGCUCGACCGGCCACGACAGGCAGCCGGUCUGGGUGCUGCGGAAGAAGUGCACGCCGGGGGCGCGCGCGGCCAGCCUCCAGAAGUUCUACAGCGUCGCCGCGGGGCAGCCGUUCCCGGUCGUCCCGAGCUUGUCCAUUGACCAGGCGCACGCGGAGCACCUGCGAAGAUUCACAGGCAGUUUCGCGGACGGCAGGUAUGCCAGCGGGUCGCUCGCGGACUGGGAGAGGACG